AUGUCGACAUUUCGAGUGAGCCCGGCGAACGGCACUCCGGCUACUGUUGCGGUGCCAGCUCCGCGAAGUCGAAUGGGGACUGCGACACUGCAGCCCGGCAUUGCAGCGCAGACGAAUGGGAUUGGGAUACCGCUCAGCGCCCGCAAGGCCACGCCGCUAGAUAUGUCGACGGUUGAGCGCAAAGGACAGGUCCACCCAAGUCGCGAGGUCCCGAAGACCAACAGGCCGUUUGGAUUGCUCGAAGCGCCAACAUACCGGCCCACUGCGGAGGAGUUCAAGGACCCGAUGGAGUACAUGAAGAAGAUCGCCCCAGAAGGGCGCAAGUACGGCAUUGUGAAGAUUAUUCCGCCCGAUUCGUGGAACCCUGCUUUUGCGGUUGAUACUGAACGCUUCCACUUCCGUACGAGACGUCAAGAGCUCAAUUCCAUCGAAGGAGGGACACGUGCCAAUCUGAAUUACCUGGAUCAAUUAUCGAAAUUCCACAAGCAGCAUGGCAACAACCUCAACCGAUUCCCGAGCGUGGAUAAACGACCUUUGGAUCUUUUCAAGCUCAAGAAGGCUGUCGAAACGCGCGGUGGAUUUGACAAAGUAUGCAAGCAGAAGAAGUGGGCCGAGAUUGGACGAGACCUGGGCUACAGCGGCAAGAUCAUGUCCUCGCUGUCCACAUCACUCAAGAACUCAUAUCAAAAAUGGCUCCAUCCAUACGAAGAGUACCUGCGGAUCUUCAAGCCCGGUGUGCAGCAGUUGCUCGAAUUCGAAAAUGGAGGUCCCUUCACGCCAUCGCCUGCACCGUCGCCCAUGAAGAAGUCCCACCAGCACACGCCCUCGAGUCUCGGUGGAGACUCACCAGCCAUCCGAGCGUCGACUGCGCUCCAUGCGACAUUACAGCAUGAUCUCCAACCGCCGCCAUUGGAGCCCCAGCGACCGCCAAUGACUUCUGGAUUUACCGCCGUCAAUGCGGGAGGCUUCACAGCCGUCAAUGCGCAACCACCCACACAACAGCAUGCACAACCGCCGCCACUGCCGCCUGCGCAAGUGUCAACGCCCAGUUCUUCAUUCGCCGCAAUCAAUACGCCAAACGGCCUCCACAUAGAGUCGAGAACCUCGACGCCGCUGCGCAUGAACGGCGACAGCCCUAUGCUCUCCGCGAAGAACACGCCCGACCUCCGCCCGUCAGUGCUCGGAACUACGCCACUCUCAAACGGCCAGGCCUUCAACCACUUGAAGCGACAGCUCUCGCAGGAUACUGAGAGUGGCGCGAACGGCGAUUCCGAUGCGGGAUCCGGCCGGCGCAGCAAGCGUCUAAAGAAAGAUGCGGCGCCCACGGUUGCAGGGUCGCACAUGACCCAACCUCGACUGCCAACACCACGAACAUUUCCUCCGCGCGAUCGAGCCAACGAGAAACCAGGUGACCGUUGCGAAACCUGUGGUAGGGGUGAUGAUGCGGCGACCUUCCUGCUGUGCGACAGCUGCGACGCCGCCUAUCACCGCGCGUGUCUAGACCCAACCCUGAAGUCUUCCUCCGACUACGAAUGGCACUGCCCGAGAUGUCUCGUGGGAACUGGCGAGUUUGGCUUCGAGGAAGGCAGCGUCUACUCGCUGCGGCAGUUCCAAGAUAAGGCCAACAGCUUCAAGGAGCACCACUUUUCCACGAAGACGCCCUUCGAUCCAGUCUUGAAUACAAAGAAACCAGUCACUGAAGAAGACGUCGAGCGCGAAUUCUGGAGGCUAGUGGAAAGCAUCACGGAGACUGUUGAAGUCGAAUACGGCGCCGACGUCCACACGACAACACACGGCAGCGGGUUUCCUACGAUCGAGCGAAAUCCUCGCGACCCCUAUUCAACCGAUCCUUGGAACUUGAACAUCCUCCCUUACCAUUCGGAGUCCCUGUUCCGCCACAUUCGCUCUGACAUUUCUGGCAUGACAGUCCCGUGGCUAUACGUUGGCAUGGUCUUCUCAACGUUUUGUUGGCACUCCGAAGACCACUAUACAUACUCCGCCAAUUACCAACAUUUCGGCGCAACGAAGACCUGGUAUGGCAUUCCAGGAGAAGAUGCGGAGAAGUUUGAGGAGGCGAUGCGCGAGGCUGUGCCCGAGCUUUUCGAGACCCAGCCCGAUCUCCUCUUCCAGCUUGUGACACUCCUCACUCCAGACCAGCUGCGGAAGGCCGGGGUAAGGGUGUAUGCUCUGGACCAGCGAGCCGGCCAAUUUGUUGUCACUUUCCCGCAGGCUUACCAUGCUGGCUUCAACCACGGCUUCAACUUCAACGAGGCUGUCAACUUUGCGCCUCAGGAUUGGGAGCCAUUUGGCGAAGUUGGUGUCCAGCGUCUCCAGGAAUUCCGGCGGCCUCCAUGCUUUUCCCAUGACGAGCUACUCCUUGCCGCCGCUUCGAGAAAAGAUACCUCGAUCAAGACUGCAAAGUGGCUGGCACCUGCAUUACAGCGAAUGCAAGAUCGAGAGAUCAGGGCACGGGAAAACUUCAUUGCUCGGCAUAAGGAAUUCCAGGAACACUCCUGCGAGAUUGACGGUACCGGUGAUAGCGAGUCUAAGUGCUCGAUCGAUUUCGUUGUCGACGAUGAAGAUAUUCAAGAGGAAGACUACAAUAUCUGCAGCUGGUGCAAAUGCUACAGCUACCUUUCUCGCUUUGUCUGCAAGAGAACCUCGAGGGUGGUGUGUCUACUGCACGCCGGCUCGUUCGAGUGCUGUGAAGUCAGCGAAGGGGAUCGCUACUUAGGGACCCAUGGCGAUCACCAGCUAAUAUUCCGAACCACCAAUACUGCUCUUCAAACAGUGGUACAGAAAAUUGUCGACAAGGCGGGAACGCCUGAGGCUUGGGCAGCGAAACUGGAUCUUGCAUUGGACGAUGGGCCGAAACCGCAGCUGAAGAUUUUGCGAUCUCUCCUUAGUGAAGGCGAACGUAUAGAUUGGGUGCUUCCAGGCCUUCCCGAUCUCAGAAAGUACGUAGACGCAUGCACGGAGAUUGCGGAAGAGGCCGUGAACUACACCACGCGCAAGCAGCAGAAUCGCCGGAAGAACGAGCGCGCAUGGCGCCGAGGCAACGCAGCUAAGGCAGCCGAAAUCGAUGAGCGCGAGCGCGAAUUGAGGAAGGUAACAAACAUAACUAAACUGCUCAAAGACGCGGAUGACCUUUGCUUUGACAGCUCGGAAAUCACAGCCCUACGGGAACGUAGUGAAAAUAUUGAGGAGUUUCAGCAGAAGGCACAGGCUGCGUUGCGUCGUGAUGCGCAGACGACCGUCGAAAAGCUGGACGAGCUCCUCGAAGAAGGCAAGAGCUUUAAUGUCGACCUACCAGAACUCGAUACGCUCGAGCGUCUAGUCCAGCAAAUGAAGUGGUUCGCGUCUGCACGCGAAUGGCGGACCAAGACGGGACAAUAUCUCCAGGAUGUUACAGACUUCAUCAAGCAGGGUUUGGAUUUAGGCAUUCCACCAAACGACCCCAACAUCCACCACUUUACCGAGCAGAAAAUCCAAGGCGAGCUUUGGGAGGCUAAGGCCAAGGAACUCAUGGCUGUAGAGCAGGUUCACUACCAACAGUUGGAUGCUUUGUCGAAGCAAGCCUCCAACUUGCCCGUGACGCAAGAGACGCUCGCCCUUGUCGAUGCGAUCCUCAAGAAGCAGCGCGAUGCACAGGAACAAAUUCUAUCCCUCUACGAGCGCAGUAAGAGCGAGGAUCUACGUGAGCGGCCAAAAUACAAGGAUGUGCGCGAGGCUAUGGAGGCCCUCGGGGACCUCAACAGCAAGCCUUCCGGAACCAUCGAUCUCGAGAAGGAGCAGAAGCGGCACGAGGACUGGAUGCGACGAGGCAAGAAGCUCUUCGGAAAGGCCAAUGCUCCUCUACACAUUCUGCAUGCGCACAUGAAGACAGUCGAAGAAAAGAACCGUGCCUGCUUUGACUUGUCGGAUCAACCGCGAAUGCCUGUCGAGCCUAGAUCUAGAGAGACGACUCCCGGAGAAGCGGAGAAUGUUGACGGCUCUGGAUCUAGUAGGGAUGUGUUCUGCAUAUGUCGAAAGCCCGAAGCGGGCAUGAUGAUUGAAUGCGAAUUAUGUCACGAAUGGUAUCACGGCAGAUGCUUGAAGAUCGCUCGUGGCAAAAUAAAGGACGACGACAAGUACACAUGUCCGAUAUGCGAUUACCGGGUGAAGAUCCCUCGCGAUGCUACGCGACCCAAGAUCGAAGACUUGCAGAAUUGGCAAGAUGAUAUACCCAAUCUACCGUUCCAGCCAGAGGAAGAGGAUACCCUGGAAGCCAUCAUCGCUCACGGGCUCAAUUUCCGGGACUGGGUGGCCAAAUACAUCAAUCCGCUCAUGUCGAGUCCAGAUGAGUUGACUACUCAGCGCUUCUAUCUUCGGAAGCUAGAAGGAGCCGAUAUUCUUCUGUCCAACGAGAUCAACUUCUUCCGGCAAGAAUUACACAAGUGGGCGCCUGUCGCACCUCAACCUCCGCCAAUCCUCGAGGUGUCACUCUCGACAAGAAAGCCACGUCCCACCAAACAGCAGAAGCUGAUGGCUCAAUUGGGAAUCUCGAACCCAGAGGAUCUGCCACAGAACUUGCGCACAAAGCAACAUAACUUCAAAAACAGGAAGUCCACGGAUCCUCUGCCAAAGGGGCCGCAGCAAAUCCAACCAGCUCCAGAACCUUCACAUACACCUCCGGGGCUUCCCCGUUCCUUGUCCAUUGGUACUGGCCCGGGUGGAAGGAACGAGCGUCCACCUAUUGCUUCUUUCUUCAGCUCCGGCGGCGCCGGAGAAUGGUCUCCAGGCGAAGACUACCGGCGAUCCGCCUUUACUCAGAGCAACCGAGACAUAUCACCAGUCACCUUCAACAUGUCUUCCCAUUCUACCAACAUGACGAGCAACCCGCCUCUUGAUCCAGCCAUGUUCACGGGUCCGGGGAUCUCUCACACCGACUAUAACGCGGGCGGAUCCCCAAUCGCUAAUCCGUUCGCAAGCUCGGGCAGCCAAGCAGGUGGCGGCAUGGACAACAUGUUUGCCGAUCUCACCAAUCCCGAGGAAAUGGGCAACUCGCACGCCGACGAAGCGCUGGCCCUGACUACCUCACCCGACCGGGUAGACGACGGGACAGACUUCCUUAAUGUCUAA